AGCGCGACAGCAACAUCCCAGCACCAGUCAUCCUGCAGCCUGGUCUCCACAAGGUCCUGCUAAUUCCUGUAACCUUCGACGCAACCAUGGGCCCACCCAACAAGAAACGCAAGCUCGCCGUCACCGCGCCCGAAACAAUCGAAUUCGACUUUGCGGCGCGCGAAGAGUACCUGACCGGGUUCCACAAGCGCAAGCUCGAGCGAAAGAAACACGCCCAGGAGGAGAAUGCGAAGCGCGAGAAGGAGGAGAAAUUGAGGCUCAGACGAGAACUCCGUGCCGAGCGCAAAGCCGACCUAGAAAAACACGUUGAAGAAGUAAACCGGCUAGUCAAGCAAGCAAACGGCGACCUCAGCUCCACCGACUCCGACUCCGACAAUGACGACGAUAACAAAGAUGGCGCCGAAGAAGAAUUCACAGGAUUCCAAGAACCAGAGCCCAUCAACCAAGAAGACGAGUACAUUGACGAGGACAAAUACACAACCGUCACCAUGGAAACCGUAAACAUAUCCAAGUCUGGCUUCUCGCGGCCAGGCGAAGACGACGAGCACGACGAGGAGGCCAAGAAGAAAGCACAGGAGGCGGCAGAGGCAGAGGCAAGUGCCAGCAACAAGAAGAAGGUGUGGACAAAGGCGUGGCCCAAGAAUAGCGAUAAGCCCAAGAAGAAGAAGAAGAAGUUUAGGUACGAGACCAAGACGGAGAGAAAGGCGGAGCGCAUCAAGCAGGGCAUGAAGAAGAAGAAGCAAAAGGAGGCUAGGAUGAACAAAAAGUAGACACGCGACAUGAUAUCUCACUCUCCCUUUUUCUGCAUUGUCUUGUGAGCGUUUUACGCUGGUGGUGGGCAGGCAGAGCUUUCGAGAGCUUUGUGCAAGGAAUAGACAAAGAAUGAUACCCCCUCCUUCUCCGACCCUUCA